AUGGCUCGACUGGUAGCAUCGUCAGCUCUCACACUGAGAGUCCAGGAUCGCUCUCCAACACAGGUGAAAUAUUCAGCACGUUUCUUUACAUCUGCUGCCCCUGUUAACCUAGCAAUAAAUAGGUCUGAAUACUGGAAGUCAAAUCCACGGAAAUUUUGUGACUUUUGUAAAUGUUGGAUUGCUGACAACAAGCCCAGCAUAGAGUUCCAUGAGAGAGGCAAGCGACACAAAGAAAAUGUUCAAGUACGUCUUGCAGAGAUGGGAAGAAAAGGACAAGAAGAAUAUGAGGCUAAACAGCAGGAAGGGGACUUCCUUAAAGCAAUGGAGGAAGCAGCCUUGAAAGCCUAUAAGAAUGAUAUUGAAGUUAACCCUGACCUGACGGGAGCUAAGAUCAGCGAGGUUGCCGCAGCGAGUAAUGCAGAAAUUGUUGUUGGCAAGAAGAAAGCAGUUGAAGUUAAGCUCCCUGAAUUGCCUGUCAAGAAGAAGUGGUAUGAAGCUAAAUCCCCUGAAGGUUACACCUACUACUGGAAUACUGAGUCUGGAGAUUGGUGAUGGCAUCUGGAAGAUAGGGAGGACGAGAGAGGGAGUUGGGGUUAGUGUUUGGAAGGAGAAUCCCCCUCCAUGAGGACUUCAGGUAAAGCCCUCUCUGGGGUUACUUCCCUUCUCUGUCUUUUAAUGCCACUAGGACCAGCUUGAGAGUCACUGGACCCCUGUCUCACAAAAUAACUGUCCACAGUCCUCUGUUUCUGGCGCCUCUUUAACAUUUCCCUAAAAUGGGACAUGGUUCUGUCACUAAACUUGUUGCAAAGAUGGCUUGUUUCAGCUUGCUCAGGGUGGUACUUCUGCACCCCUGUCAAUUUGGGUUCAAGCCUAAUAAAAAUACUAAUGAUGCUAUUAUACACAUGCUAGAACACAUAUACACUGCAGUAGAGAAAAAAGAAGUCCCACUGUGGAUCUUCAUAGACUUACGUAAAGCUUUUGAUACAGUCGAUCAUGACUUGCUCCAUAUAAAAUUGUCGCACUGUGGUAUAACUAAAGUCUUACCUCAGUAACAGAAGCCAAUAUGUGUACGCAAACGGGGCAAACUCUUCAGCACAGCUAAUUACAGUUGGUGUCCCACAGGGAAGUGUCCUAGGCCCUCUUCUCUUUCUCAUAUACAUAAAUGACCUACUAAAUGCAUCGCAACUACUCAAACCCACAGUAUUUGCAGAUGACACUACAUACGUCUUCUCUCACCCGAGCCCAGUCACGCUAGCCAAUACUGUAAAUACCAAAUUACAGAAAAUAUCUACCUGGAUGAGUACUAACAAACUUACUCUGAACAUUGACAAAACCUACUUCAUUCAGUUUGGAAACAGAGCUACAGACGUCCCUCUUAACAUAAAGAUAAACGGAUCACCUAUCACAAAACU